GCCAGGGAGGGGGCGGUGCUGCCGGCGGGGCCCGGAACACGCUAGUGGAGCGGAAGAUGGCGGCGGCAGUGGCGGCUGCAGCCGGGACCUUAGUUGGGCUGAGGCGGAGGAGCCGCCGGCUUUGACCUCGCUCUGGCUCCGGUUCGCGCGGCUGAGCGUGUGCGAGGCCCGGCGCGUCGGGCAGGGGCGGCGGCGGCCACUGCGCGCCGUCCUGAGGAGCGCCCCGGCGGCGGCGCGACUGCGGCUGAGGAGAGAGCCGGCUCCGGGCCUCCGCGUCCUCCUGCUCCCCCGGCCCCCCGCCUCCUCGGGGGGGCGGCGGCGGCGAUGUUCUCGGUCCUCUCGUACGGGCGGCUGGUGGCCCGCGCCGUGCUCGGCGGCCUCUCGCAGACCGACCCCAGGGCCGGCGGCGGCGGCGGCGGCGGCGACUACGGGCUGGUGACGGCCGGCUGCGGCUUCGGCAAGGACUUCCGUAAGGGCCUCCUCAAGAAGGGCGCGUGCUACGGGGACGAUGCCUGCUUCGUGGCCCGACACCGCUCCGCGGACGUGCUUGGGGUUGCAGAUGGUGUAGGAGGCUGGAGAGACUAUGGAGUUGAUCCAUCUCAGUUCUCAGGGACUUUAAUGCGGACAUGUGAACGUUUAGUAAAAGAAGGACGAUUCGUACCUAGUAAUCCCAUUGGAAUUCUCACCACAAGCUACUGUGAGUUGCUGCAAAAUAAAGUACCUUUGCUCGGUAGCAGCACUGCCUGCAUUGUGGUGCUGGACAGAACCAGCCACCGCUUACACACGGCGAACCUGGGCGAUUCAGGCUUCCUGGUUGUCAGGGGUGGUGAAGUUGUGCACCGAUCAGAUGAGCAGCAACAUUACUUCAACACUCCAUUCCAGCUCUCAAUCGCUCCCCCCGAAGCUGAGGGAGUCGUCCUUGGCCACAGUCCGGAUGCUGCUGAUAGCACGUCUUUUGAUGUUCAGUUAGGAGAUAUUAUCCUGACGGCGACAGAUGGACUCUUUGACAACAUGCCUGAUUAUAUGAUCCUUCAGGAGCUAAAAAAAUUAAAGAAUUCAAAUUAUGAGAGUAUACAACAGACUGCAAGAAACAUUGCUGAGCAAGCCCAUGAGCUGGCCUAUGACCCAAAUUAUAUGUCACCUUUUGCACAGUUUGCAUGUGACAAUGGAUUGAAUGUGAGAGGUGGAAAGCCAGAUGACAUUACCGUCCUUCUUUCAAUAGUGGCUGAGUAUACAGACUGACUAGCCGAAGUGUCACGUCCUGCCUUCCCUUUCAUUGUCCCAGAUUUUCCCUGCCAUGUGUGCUGAUCCUGCUGGCAGGACCACAUUUCUUUGCCACUGAUCUCAAUGGCCAGUGAUGUAAGUCUUUUGCCUGUCUUUUUGAGACCCAUUGAGAUCUUUAUUGAGAACCACUACUAUCAUUCACUAGCUCAUAUCUGCCAGCAGCAAUUGAAGAGAUCCAGGAUUUGAAGACUGGCCUUCAUUUCUCAAUGUUCUUUCCAUGAUGGAGAUGGAGGUGUUCAGCGCCACCAUGGCUGUUACUUUUCAAAAGUAGUUGAAGUAUUGAAAAUUAGUAAUGUUGGUAAAGUGAAUUCAGAAUCCUAGUGUGCUAAAGGGAUUGUAAAAGUCUAACGCAAAUUGUAUGUAGUGAUACAUCUACUAGAAACAUACAUUAUUCAUCAAAAGAAAUGUUACAUGUGUACUCCACAGGCAUCGUCUUUGUUAUGAUGAUUGGUGUGGCUUUAUGUUUCUGUUUAUAAACUCCUAUUUUUUAGGGGCUUAUGAUUCUGCUCUAAAACAUGCUCUGGGUUAUACAGUUUUCAUCCCAGAGCUUUUUUGUUACAAAUCGGGAGAAAAAUCCAUUUUAGUUCUAUGGAUACAAAUAUUUCAUGCUUUUAAGAAGAUGCUUAAUUGUGUUCCUGUGGUUAAAGUUUGGCAGUUUCUUGAUUAGUCCACAUCACAGGCUGAGGCCUGAUUUCCAGGAGGGGUGGGGGAGACACUUUACCAAUUUUUUUAUGGAAAUACUAUUUAAGAUUGCAAAACCCCUCAAAGCCUACAAAUUUAAUGUUAUGGCUGAAAUUCUACCUAGUUGUCUGACAGGAUGCCCCUGAAUGAGAACUUUAGGCCCAAGGCCUGAAGAGUUGAGAACAGACAGCUAUAACUUUGAAUUUUGUUGGCUUUAGUGGUUAUGCUACCUACCCAUACUCGUACUCUCAGACCUUUUGCUUUCUAUAGAGCAUGCACCAAAUCCAGUGAGUCCAUGUGGAGAGAGCACUGUGUGCAGCGGCAGCAGCACAGAUGUCCAUGAGGACAACUCCCAGUGAUGAUCUGACAUUUACAGUUACCCCACAUGGAAAUUUAGGGGUUUCUGAAUCAAGCUUAAUGUUUACAGUUUCCGAAUAGCCAUUUUGCAGUGUAUAGUUUCCUUACAAAACUACCCCACAUUCAGUUUUCCCAUUAUCUGCAAGCUCAAACUUAUUUUUAAGGUUUGUGUACAAGUUGACUGCUGUAAAGAUAUAUAUUUUUGGGUCAGUUUUUUCCUUCAUUAACUUGGUGGUAGAAAAAAAUAUAUACUUAGAAAUCCUUAAAUUAAAGCCAUGUUUUAUAUAUAAGUCAGGUAACAUUGGUGUAUAGAUGAGAAUGCAAUUAAACCUGAUGAGAAUCUACUUGAGGAGAAUAUAGAAAGUCUUUUUCUCUAAAGGAGAUGCUGACUCCCUGGUUUAUUGCAUUAAAGUUUAUGUUUGAGGUUACCUCAACUUGUUUUAAAAGAUUUUGUUUUGUGAAUUUGUACUGUAUAUUUGAGUAACUGUCAAGCUUUUAUUUAAAAUUGUUUAACAUGUACCAUGUACAUGUCAUUACUAUAUUUCAAUGCAUCAUGCUUGUAACAGGCAUUUCAUUUAUAAUAAGAAUGAGUUAUUCAUUUGUAAGCCGUUCAGUAAUUUAUCUACUAUUCCUAAAUUGGCAUAAUGUUAGAUAAUCUAUUUUGAAUCACCUUUAAUUACAUGUCAGAAUGCCUUAACUACCCUAACUUGACAAAACAGAAUUCUUUAGUAGACGCGGUGGGGGUGGGGUGGGGGGUCUGGAGGAAGACUCUAUUGAAGGAGAAAUCAUCAUGCUAUGAUAAAACACAGAAGCAUGAGUGGCAAGUGGCAGAGCAUUUAUUUUGCACAAACUAUUUGCAGUCUCUGUGUAUUUAAGAAAUAAAGUAAGCUGCAUCCAGAAGGGUUUUGUUAGAAGGAAUACAUUUAUAUUAGGACUGACAACUUCAGCUCUUUUGUUUAGGGUUUCAAUUAUUUUUGGUAAGAGGUAUGUAGCCUUAUGAUCUGCAUAUAUUUUGCAUUCAUUUUCCAACGCCCACAUUUAAUUCCUGGUAAGAGCAGUGCUCGUCAAGUUUCUGGUUUUUCUCUGCUCUCAUUUAGCCUGUCAAACACAAUCUCUGUAAAGCUAGAUUGGUGGUAUUUUAUGCAACUCAUUUACUCAGCUUACCUUUUUGGGAAAUGAUUGUUAGAAACUGAUACUGUCUGUUCCAGUGAUACUGAAAGUAUCAGGCAAGAAUUGAGUUUCACAGUGGAACUAACUUUGGAUCUGGCCUAUAGAUAGUGACAUAAAAUAUUUUCUCUGUUUUCCCCUGUUCUUUCUGUGUUAUGCACUUAAUUUUAUGACUGCGGGGGUGCGGGGGGAGUCAGUUUGAGCACUGCUUAACAAGUAUCUCUCCUCUCAGUAGUCAGAGGCUGUGUUGGACCCAUAGAAGAAUUUUCUAAGUCACAGACCCAAGCCUCCCUGGGUUGUUACUGUGCUGUACCACGUGGUGGGUCUGAUUCUGAACCUGAUGUGUGUGUAAUGGUAUUUUAAGUCAAGCAGCGUGCACAUGCAUGCAUGUGCACAUACACACACACACUUGCCUCAUGUAAUGGACUUUUAUAACAAAAGAUAAAAUUUGGAUUUCUAAUUUACAAAUGGCAAAUUACUUAUCCCUCUCUGGAUGCACCAAAGACCAGUAAAGUUUAUAGCUUUUCCAUCUAUAUUUAUAAAGCAAUACUGUAUUAUAAAAAUCAAUAUUUUUAUCACAUGCUUGAAAUUUUUAUUUUGUUCUGUUUUAAAAUGUGCACUCUAAACAUAUCAGAACCUUAUUUCUUCCUAUGAACUUAAGCUGCCUGCGCACAAAAAAAAAAAAAAAAAAAAAAA